AUGGAUGUUGAAUUAAAUCUAACAUUGGUAACUUUUGGUGGGUUUGCAGAAUUGCACAAAUACAGGUAUCUUUAUUUUGUAGUUAUAUCCACGUUAUAUAUUCUGAUUCUCUGCUUUAAUUCCACUAUAGUUUUCCUUAUUUGGACUCACAAAAACCUUCAUGAGCCAAUGUAUAUUUUUAUUGCAGCUUUGUUAAUCAACUCUGUUCUUUACAGCAUGAUUAUCUAUCCAAAGCUCUUAUCUGAUGUUUUGUCUGAAAAACAGACUAUAUCAUAUCCACUCUGUCUUUUCCAAGGAUUUUUAUAUUACACCUCAGGUGGGUCAGAGUUUUUACUGUUGGCAGCAAUGGCAUAUGACAGGUAUGUGUCUAUAUGUAAACCCCUGCAAUAUCCAGUUAUUAUGAAUAGAAUAACUAUUUAUGUAUGUCUGAUUUUAGCUUGGCUUAUACCUGCUUUUGAAACCUCAGUGCUGGGUGUGUUGUAUUCGAAUGUCAAACUCUGUAGCUUUACCCUGACAGGAAUUUUUUGUAACAAUUCACUUUACAAGCUUCAGUGUGUGCCCUCGGUCGCAAUAUCUAUAUAUGGUAUGGUCACGUUGAUAAACAUUGCCCUUCUACCUUUGCUUUUCAUACUUUUUACAUACAUCAGGAUUAUUAGAAUAUCAUAUCAUUGUUGUAGAGAAGUGAGGAAAAAGGCUGUAAAGACAUGUUUACCCCACCUGCUGGUGUUAAUCAACUUUUCCUGUUUUAUUUUCCUUGAUAUAAUUAUAGUUCGACUGGAUUCUGAUCUAUCAAAAACUAUUCGUUUGACAUUGACGUUUCAGUCAAUUUUAUUCCAUCCUCUUUUAAAUCCAAUCAUAUAUGGACUCAAAAUGAAUGAAAUUUUCAAACAUAUCAAAAUAUUGUUGUCAAACAAAACAAAUCAGGAAGCCGGCCACGCGGAAGGCAGUGGUGGAAACAGAGCAGGUCCGGAGGUCAGCUGCGAUGCCAGCGGCGGCAACGAACUGUCUCAGGAGGCUGGCCUCGACGGCCAUGACGCUCAGCUAGAGACCAGGAAAGCGGCCGGCAGAGGUGAAGCGGAACAGGACGAGCUGGAACUGAUGACGGUGUGGCAUCCGCAGGACCAGACGAGGCAGGACCAGACGCUGAAGCUGGAUCAGUUGACGGUGAUGCUGCAGUUGACGGUGAUGCUGCAGGCGGAGAUGUGGAUGCUGCCGGUGACGGUGUAG